AUGAAGUCGCCAAGCUGGACCCUCCGGCAAUCGCUCGCGCGCAAGCUCGAGCUCGCCCUGCAGCAGCAGUUCCACCACCAGAGCCCAGCGGCGGCAUCGAGCCGCGCAAGCGCCCCAUUACGAGCGUGCCGAGCCAAGACGUCCCAGCAGAGCCGCGGGUUCUCACGGACGGCACCGCGGCGCGAGCAGCAGCAGCGGCCCGCGCCGGCCGAGGACCCGGGGUUCACGUCGAUCCUGGACAACCCGCCGCAGCUGGUGCGGACGGGGCGGCGGCACAACAAGCUGGGGCUGGCGUUCCUGGCCGUGAUCCCGCUGACGGCGCUGGCGCUGGGCACGUGGCAGGUGCAGCGGCUGGGGUGGAAGACUGAGCUGAUCGCGCGCUUCGAGGACCGCCUGGUGCGCACGCCGCUGCCGCUGCCGCCCCGCGUCGACCCGGCCGCCAUCCACGACUUCGACUUCCGCCGCGUCGUCGCCCGCGGCCGCCUGCGCCACGACCAGGAGAUGCUCAUCGGGCCACGCAUGCGCGACGGCGAGGACGGCUACAUGGUCGUCACGCCGCUGCAGCGCGAGGAUGACGGCGCCGGCAGCACGACCGUUCUGGUCAACCGCGGCUGGAUCAGCAAGAAGAUGAAGAGCCAGAGGGUGCGCGGCGACGGUUCCCUGCCGACGGGGGAGGUCGUGGUCGAGGGCCUUUUGAGGGAGCCGUGGAAGAAGAACAUGUUUACCCCAGAUAACCGGCCUGACAAGGGCGAAUUCUACUUUCCUGACGUGCAGCAGAUGGCCGAGUUGACGGGGAGUCAGCCUGUGUGGGUGGAGGCUACCAUGGAGCCGGAUCUGCUACAGACGAUGGACAUGGCGAACAAGGGCAUUCCAAUUGGCCGUGCGGCGGAGGUCAACUUGAGGAAUAACCAUGCCCAGUACAUCUUCACAUGGUAUGGACUCGCCGCAGCAACGUCCAUUAUGUUCUACAUGGUAGUCAAGAAACCUCCAACGGAGGUGGCACGCAAGGUGCGGAUGAACAAGAACUGGUGA